UCAAAAAGAAGAAGAAAAGAAGAAAGCUCAGCAGCAGUUUUGAACAACAAUGGCGGCAACGGCACGGACGCAGCAGCAGUUGCUCUUCUUCAUCGCUCUUUGCAUCGGAGCCUCCUUAGAUAAUUUGGCAGGAGGAAUCAGAUCGGCGGCGAAGGAAUUGGAAGAAAGAGGGGAAGAGGAACGAAUUGGAGGAUUGGAAAGCUACGUGAGAAAGAGCGGUUUUCGUCCAAACAGUCGGGUCGUCAUUCUCAUUUCAGACGUUUUUGGUUUUGAAAGGCCCCACUUGAGAAUGAUUGCAGAUAAGGUUGCUGCCGCGGGAUUUUACCCGGUUGUGCCGGAUUUCUUCGAUGGAGAUGCUUAUACGAGCGAUCAAAAUAUGACCAAAUGGUACAAGAAUCAUAAAACGGACGGAAAGUAUAAAGAUGUUAAGACAAUUAUUGACAGCCUCGAAAGAAAAGGUGUGACAAAGUUUGGAGUUGCCGGCUUUUGUUGGGGAGGUAAGGUUGCCAUAGAAGUGUUGAACAAAGAUAGUCGGGUAGACACGGGUGUCCUUCUCCAUCCUUCGUUCGUAAAUCAUACGGAUAUUGAAAAAGUUAAUUCUCCGAUUGCCAUUUUGGGAGGCGGGAAGGACAACCUCACAACUCCGGCCACUAUAAAGGAGUUUGACAAAAUUUUGGAGACAAAGCCCAAUGUUGAUAGCUAUGUGAAGAUCUUCCCUAAGGCCGAACAUGGUUGGACAUUAGGUUAUAACGAGACGGACAAGAGAGCUGUAAGAAGAGCGGAAAAGGCUCACAAGAUCAUGUUAAAAUGGUUCGCUAAACACUUGAAAUAAGUCGUAUAGAUAUAGUUAAAUAUAUAUUUUUGUUGAAGAAAAAUAGGUUUGAAUAAAUUAUCAUAGAGAGAAUCAGUUGUUCAGAGCUCGAUAAAAAGACUAUAGGAUGUAUUCGGUUGUAGUUUUUUUGUAUCUUAUAUAAUUUUUAAGGUGGAACUUAUUUAUAAUUUUAUAUU